GCAUGAGCUAAAACUUACAAAUCUAAGAUUCAUCUUCAAAUCUUGACACACAUCCAAGAAAGAAGAGAAGCGUUUUUUUUAAUAUCAUCUCCAUAUCGAGUAUUCUAUCUAUUACAAGUACAACAAAUGGAAGGAGGCUUGGAAACUAUGUUUAUGAAGGUGGUCUUGUUCGCUCUUGUACAAGGUUUGGUGUAUCUCAUCCUCACUAAGUCGUCGAGGGUUUUCUCCAAAUCAAAAUCCUUUAAGAGGGCUUACAGUUUUAGGCCGGCGAGGUCCGUCAGCAUCCGCCGGAUUCUUGCGGCGCUUCAGGAUAUGCCUGCCGGCGGCGAGAUGUCUCCUUCCUCUAAUGGCUCAUCUUCUUCUCUUGCCUCGUCUUCUUUACAAGAUGAUGCAGCAACAACAGCAGCUACAUCAUCACCACCAUCUUAGAGACCUAUAUAUAUGAUCAUUAUUUAAAUUUUAUUUUAGAGACAUAUGUCUAAUUUGUUAGCCUUAUUUUAUCAUUAUUUUUUGGAAAAUUUGUUUCGUAUUUUUUUUGUUCAGUUUGAUUCGUUAUAUUGAUGUAAAAUUGGUCAGUACUCUAUGUAUGUACAUUUUAAGCUGUACCAUGUACAUUGAAAACAAUUUAGUCUGUUUAUUUGGUAUAAUCCUCA